AUCUUUUGAAUCAAAAGGUUAGUUAGAGCGAGCGAGCGAGUGGAGUGAGAAGUGUGAGAAAGCGAGAAGAAAGCAGUGUUUGGGAGACAUGACCGGCGAAGAGGUUUCCGGCCCCGCUGGCCCCAAACUCCUCCGCCUCCUCUACUUCGUCGGCGCCGGAGUGAUCUGCACCGCCGCCAUCAAUAAGUACCGCGAUUACGAGAGGAAGACUCUCAUUCAGCAGCAGCAGCAGCAGUUGAAGACCAAGGCAGUCGCUGUAGAAGCUCCAACUUCGCCGGAUUCUGCUGUUGCCACCGUCCACAAAGCUCUCAAAUAAUAAAAAUAACUAAGAUAAAGGUUAGGUUUUUGUUUUGGGGCAAUUUUUUGAGCUUCUUGUAUCGCAAUUUGGCAGUUGCAAACUCUCUUCACUGGUGGUUAUAAUAUGAGAUGAUGAAUUUUAGUAUCAAAUAGAAAGUGUUUCAAUCAUGUGUUCUUUUUUAUUUGAUUUGUUAUAAACACAAUUAUAAAUUUUUAAGUUAGAUUAGGAGUUCCACCAUGGUGAUUACUGGUUACUGAUUAGAUAAGCUAGGUUUAUACUUUAGACUUUAGAGUUUUAACGUAAUCCACCAUUCAUACUGCAGGAAAGGUAACUAGUUACAUUGACAUGAUCCUAUCCCACCUAGUGAAAUUUGUAAUUUUUUGGUCAUGACUAUUACUUGUGAGAUUCAAGUUCCGUUAAAGCGCCUACUAAAGGCAACUUCGGAUAACUUGAAUUUUGGCAAUUGGAUCAUUUUAUAGAUAACUUGUUUGACGUAUAACUGUCCCAAAAAUAU